UCUACUUCCUACUCUACCUUAAACUCUUCACUACUUCAUACAUCAAUCAUCAUGGCCUGGGGCUGGGACCAAUCCGACGACGCUCACCGUCAGGUGUACGAGAACAAGCACGAGGGUCACUUGUCCCACGAGCUCCUUGCCGGUGCCGCUUCCUUCGCGGGCAUGAAGGCCUGGGAGGACCACCAGCGCAAGCAGGGCAAGACCGUCAGCCACGCUUUCGCCAAGGAGGCCCUUGCCGCCGUUGUUGGCGCUGAGGUCGACAAGCUCGCCGAGACCAAGGGCAUGGACGAAGUUGACAAGAUCAAGGCCCGCGAGCACGCCAAGAAGAACGCUCACCACAUGUACGAGGAGCACUACGAGCGCCAGCACGGUGCUCCCGAGUUCGACCCCGGCCGCUUCCCUCCCCCUGACCGCUUCGAGGGCCGUCGUGGUGGCUGGUAAGAAGCCUCUUUGUGUGUGAUGGGAAACCAACUGGAUUUGGGACCUAUCCGCGGGGGAUGGAUGUGUGGAAUGAAACGAAUAUGAUCAUGGAUUGAGAGCGCCGAUACACGGCCUCUCCUGCAUGUAUUCUUAUCUAAUAAACCAAGAUAUCCAAAUGAAUUAUUUAUCUCAAAGCAAACCGGCCUAUCUUUCCCUUCACAUCCAUACCAAACAAACAGUAGAAUCAUGAAUCUUGCCCUGGAGACGAAUAUGCAGGAUUCCACCCGUUCAGGAAAGCUCGCGGAUUAUCAAUGCGUUGACCGUAGGCAAGGGUCUAUUGUACGCAUGGAUGCAAGGUGUCCGGGAGGCGACGGGCGCAUCUCCCACAUGGGUUUCCAAUGUUGUAAGACAAUGUUUGAUGUCAGCUAACACAUCAAUAUCGAUUGAAACUCUUGCACCUGUCGGAAUGAUUUCGCGUCCCAGAAAGCAACCCCCCUCAACAGGGGUAAUUACCCAAGCAGGGCAGAUUAUCCACGGAACCUGGACAAACAUCAACCUCGGGAUGCCUGAGGGG